UUUUUACAAUACAAGUUUAUUUUUUAUAAUUACAACUUUGUUUCUCAAUUUCACCUUCCAACUUUUUUUCAAAUCCGAACUUCCUUGUUUUUACAACCCCAUCGUUGUUUUUACAAUUCAUCCUUUUUUAAUCCAAACAUUUUUUACAAUCCGAACUUCUUUGUUUUUACAAACCAAAUGCUUUACAAUCCAUUAUUUUUACAAUCCCAAUUUUGUUUUACAACCCCAACCUAGUUUUUACAAUUCAUCCCUUUUAAUAAUCUGAACUUUUCUAAAAUCCCAACAUUGUUUUUAAAAACCAACUUUGUUUUUCUAUUCCAACAUUGCUUUUACAAUCCAACAUUUUAAUUUUUACAAUCCAACUCUUUAAACUUUAAAAUUUUCAGUUAAAAAAUAAUUCAAGUCCAUGUUCGGCGUCCCCCUUUAAAUUUAUUCCCGGCAUGGCAAAGUGUUGUAGCGUUGUUGUUGGAAGGGCGAAGAUGACAGCAACAUUUCCUCUAUCAAAACAAUCCCAGAUUUAUAAACUACUUUUGUUAUUUUUGUUGCCAAUUCUGUUCUGCUCAUUGAGGGGAGAAGCAGCUUUGUUACAAGGUUGCGAUUUCGGUGAAGAACUCUGUGACCCAGGAGAGAUAUGCAUUCCAGAUGGUCUCUUCGGUCAGUGUUAUUCUGACCCAGAAGCGGCUUUUGUACGGCCUUUGGUGCUUGAACGUUCUCUUACCGAAAAACAGGCUAAAAUGCUUAGAUCAGAAUUGAGUGUUUUGGCUAAAUUGGGGUUGGAUUGGCCCCAUGCCCGUUCUCAAUGUGUUUUGGCUUAUUUUAAAUUGGCUGCAGCUUUUAGGUUGGAAUACGACCCUGAAUUUUGUGAUGUGAGAGAUCCUGCGAAUAUAUGGGCUCUUGUACAGAGGGUUCAAAAUUCAUUGUUAGCCGAAGUUGAACAAGUUGAAGACGAAGAAGAAGAGAAGGAGAAACAACUGGAAGAGGCACAAAUUGGAGACGAAGGGCAAUCAUUGUUGACGGGAGUUAAUGAGGAGGAUGAAAAUGAAGAAGAGAAUAAUGAGGUGGGGGAAGAAGAAAGGGGAGAAGGGAGAGAGGAAGGGAGAGAUGGAAAUGAGGAAGAAGAGAACCCUUCAGUAAAGUUGGAAUUUAUUCCAGUCUUGUUGCUAGACCCUAAUGAAGCAGAAGAUAAAUUGAAUGGUAAAAAUAAUGCCUAUCAAAUAGCAGAGGAGGAGAAGGAGGAAAAGGAAGAAGAAGACAAUAAAGACAAGGAAGAGCCAUCAAAAUUAAUUGAAAAAACCAAAAGAAACAAUCAAGGGGAGACGUUAAAUGCUCCAGAAAAUGCCCAACUUGAACAAAUUUUACAAAAACUUUUAUUACAAAAGGAGGGGGAGGAUGGAGAAAAGGAAGGGAAGGCGGUAAAGACCCUCUCUGAUAAACAAAUAACCAGACUUGUUAAAUUUGUGAAACAAUUGCAAAAUUUGGUGGAGGAAGGAAUUGAAAGAAGGGCAGAAGAGGAAGAAGAAAAACUCGUCAACUCCAUGAAAAAAGGACAAGAGGAAGUAGAAAGUAAAGAGAAUGAGGAAGAGGAAGAAGGGGUAGAGGAAGUAAACGAUCUUUCUGGACGGCCAGUUUUGCUCCUCAAAAAGGACUCUGAACAAUUUAACAAUGCAGAUAUGGGCUUGGCACAUACAGUCCACAAAAUAGUGAAAGGAGGAAUUCAACGGGUAGAAGGGAAUCGAGUUUACCUUCGAGUGGCUAAAGAAAAUUUGACUGAGGAAGAGCUUUACAAAUUAAUUGCUUAUUUGGACAGAAAAAUAGCAGCGCCAAAUAAUUUGUAUUUUGAUCAAUUCCUCUACGAGGACGGCCAAUUGUCCUUUCGAAUUUCCAACCCUUCCUUGACUAUGCAAAAACCGACUAAAGUUGAUAGUGCUAGUGGUAUUGCACAAGCUGUUUAUAAAAGAAGAAAAGAUAUACAGGAUGUCGUUCCAGUCGAGCGUUCCCAACGCGACCAAUUAUUUAUUCCAAUCCUCGCCGUUUCUGCAAUGACAAUCUGUGCUUUACUCUCCGUCUUAGCGUCAACAAUAAUUCGGCGUCGACGAGAUUCAAAUAAAAAAAUGUUGCCAAUACUUCCACAGACUAUAGGGCAAGACGACAAAAUCUAUGCAGAAUUGUGCCGUCAACGGGCUGAGACAAUCCCCCAUUCGGUUGCUGUGAUAGAAGGGAGUGGGCAACGUUCGAAGCAUUCGAGUACUUCAUCGUUCCACGAAAAUGAGACUUUUGGGGCUUCGAAUGGGUCUGAUAUGGACAUCGGGACGGGGCACGUCCUCCUAGCUUUUUUACAAAAACAUUUGGAGAAUCCAAACGAAAUAAAUAAACAAUGGGAGUCUGUAAAGGAUUAUGAAGCGUCCGAAGAGGUUGCCCAAUGUAAGGUGGCCAAAAGAGAGGAAAAUGUUGGGAAGAAUUUUGAUAGUGGAACGCUGCCAUGUAAAAAACUGAAUUUUAGUUUAAAGCUUAGAGCCUUUUUAGAUGAUGAAUCGCGUGUGCAACUUCAUGAGAAUGAUUUGGCAGAAUUGAGUGACGGGAAGGGCUAUAUUAAUGCUAGCAUGAUAUUUGAUUCGAAUCCGGAACAGCCGGCUUAUAUUGCCGCCCAAACACCUUUGGAGCAAACGGCUUCUCAAUUUUGGCAAAUGAUUUGGGAGCAGGGGAUUGGAUUAAUUGUCAAUUUGUGUGAUAAAGGGGACAAUUACUUCAAGUAUUGGCCAGAGGAGGGAGUGAAGCUGUUCGGCUGUUUUGAGGCCCAUCUAGUCUCUGAACACAUUUGGAGCGAGCAUUACGUCAUCCGCUCGCUUUACCUAAAAAAUACUGCAACACAAGAAACACGUACAGUUACACAAUUCCAUUUCACAAGUUGGGCAGCUGGUGGAGUUCCAGCUUCAAACAAAGCAUUGCUUGAAUUUAGAAGAAAAGUGAACAAGUCUUAUCGUGGGCGUGCUUCUCCAGUACUCGUUCACUGCACCAAUGGAAGUGGACGUACUGGAACGUAUAUUAUGAUUGACAUGACCGCAAAACGGAUUAAUAAAGGCAAAAAUUUUUUUAAUUAG